AUGGCGCCAUUGGAGUUGAAGGAGAUGAAGGAACAGUUGGAAGAGCUACUAGAUAAAUGGUUUAUCUUCCAUAGAUCAUUACCGUGGGGAGGGUCGGUGUUGUUUGUGAAGAAGAGGAUUGUAGCUGAUGCUUUGAGCUUCCAAGCUACCAUGUUGAUCACCAUGAAAGCUGAAGUGACUAGAUUCGAGUGCCUGAAGGAGUUAUAUGAGGAAGAUAAGGAUUUCGGUGAAAUCUGGAAGCAUUGCAAGGCAGGGCAACCAGUUCCUAAGAUACAUAUUCAAGAGGGGUAUCCAUUCCGAGGGAAUCAGUUGUGCAUCCCGAGGAGUUCCUUACGGGAACAAGUAAUCCAAGAAUUACGUGGUGGUAUUUUGGUGGACAUAUGGGAAGAGACAAGACCAUAA